AUGAACGCACAACACGUCACCGAGUUGGACUCGGACAGCAUGGACGAUAUCAUCUUCAUUCGGCUGGUCGAGAAGCCACAAACCCCGAAACCUGGUGGUGGUCGUCCAACAAAGCGCGCAAAGUCCAACGGCAUCCCAGCACAAGCUGUUUCCCUCAGCUUAACAAGGCGUGCAAAAUCUAGCGGCAUGCCAGCACAGGCUGUUUCGCCUGGUCCAGCAACCAAACAGAAGCGCGACAGCAACAGCUCCCAGACGACCACCUCUGAUGCCCACCCCAAAGUGUCUCAAUCAGAACAGCCGUACACGGAAGAGGAGAAGUUGUUCAUGUUUGAGACACGCAAAGCCUUGGAACACGCGUUAGGUAAAGAAGCCUUGGAGGCCCACGAGAAAGUUCUGACGGAGGAGAAAGAGAGCACGGAGAAGUAUAUCUUGGACCUGGAAGCGGCAGUGAAGCAGCAGCAUGGGACACCUGUAGUGCACGAAACCCUCAUCCAGGACCAGAUAGCCAUUCUGAAGGUGAAGGCCGAAGGACACGACGAAUCCGCUAGAACAGAAAUCAAGCUUCUUCGCAAGAGCAACACGAAGCUUGCAGAGGAAAAAACCACAAUUGGACGCUGUGUUCGGCUACUCACAGAUGAGAACGUCAUUCUCAAGAGACAAUACGAAGACGCCAGCACGGAGAUUCAGAUACUUUAUGAACAUAAAACAACGCUUGCCGAAGAGAAUGCCGCACUUUCGCGCAACCUCAAGCUACUGAAAGAUGAACAAGGCACUCACAAGGCCGAGCGACAAGAAGAAGCCUACAGAAUUGCAAUCAAGGCACUCCGAGAACAAAACAAUAAGCUCGCAGAUGAGAAGGCCGCACUUGCACGCAACUUUGAGCUACUCAAUGCAGGGCACGACAACCUGAGGGCCGAGAUCUUCGCCUUGACCCAGGACGUCUGCGACCAAAAGGAGCUCUACAAGAAGGAGAUGAACGACUCCGAAGGAGGUAUGAAGGAUAAUGCGCGAAAAAGCAAGAAGCUCACACAAAAGCUGAAGCAGCGCAACAACAAAUUGAUCAAGGACAAUGUCAACCUGUCGAGGAAGGUUAUGCAGCUGGAGGCAGAUGACUCUACAGAACUUCUUGAAGCACGACAGCGCAUCCAGGAACUUCACAUCCAAGUCGAAAAACUAGAGCAGGGCUUCCGUCAGCGCGGCGAACAGCUCAUCGAGCUCAGCAGAGACUCCAUGUCGAAGGAAAAUAUCAAGAUGCAGAAGAAGGCAGCUGUUGAAGCUAGGGAUCUGCUGCAGACACGUAUGUCUGGCAUGUUCAAGAAUUAUAGGAUUCUCUUCAAGAAGAACACUGCUCUGUUGGAUAAACUAGUGUCAGUGGCUGAAGUGGGAAGACUCGGGAAAGUAAAAAAGGCUUACCGUCAAGAGAUGAAGCUGCUAAAAGGUCAGCCACUUGAAGAGUUAUACGAGUUCAAGCAUCAGGUCUGA